UCUGCGCGCGGCUGAUUGUUCAAGUUGUCAGCUGUUGAAUAGAAUUCCUCGCCUCAAAGCGACAAUCGACUUUAUAUAGGAGUGUUUAUUUGUUUACGAUCAAAAGUGCGUAAAUUCGACGCUACUCUCACCCGUGCGGCUCGAAUUUUUUAACCGUUUGGUCGCAAAUCGAAUCCAUCUCUCUUUGAGAAAAGUCUGCAUUUGUUCUUUUUUAGUUGCAUCUUUUAGAAGAGGUUUGCCAAGCUUAAAGCAUCACAAUGAAUUUUAUUGAAGUGACCAACAAUGACUACAUGGCUGGAUGUUUGUGCGGCUCCAUGGAAAUAACACAGUGUAUUGAAUACCACUGGGAAAAAAACGUUUUGGAUGAUUUUCGUUACCAAGACCGAAAAAAUGCAGCAAUUCUGUUGGCUAAGCGCAUCAUUGGCUUCAGCAUCGGCGACGAUUACAUUGAGCUGUCGAAUUCGGAGAUAAUAGAGAAACCCGAGGUUACUCUGCUGCCCAAUAUCUCAGGCCAAGCGCGAACUUUGACCACCGUCAGCCGAUUUGAUAUACCCGAGGUGAAAAUUGCCGGAAAAAUUAGUAUCAGAAAUACAUCUGGUUCCCACGAAUACUACAACUACGAGCUCGAGGUGAAAAACACCAGACUUAAGACAGCCGUGAACUAUUUCAUCGAGGGCGAUGGAUUUACCGUGGAAAAUUACCUCAACGAGUUCGAGCACACGGAUAUGAAGCUGACGUACGAGAACGAGUCGGGGGAAAUCGUCUCGGUUUUGGAUAAACUCACUGACAAAGUCAAAAGAGAAGCCGUGGAGCAUUACUUGUUGGAUAAUACUUUCGACGAGAUACUGUCGGCGAUCCACGAUCUGUUCUUGGAGCCGCUUUACGAUCGGGGCAGUGCCAGCAAUCAAGUCGGCGCCGAUUACUCAUUGAGAAACAAGUUCCGUAUUCAUUUGAAGCAACUGUACGGCGCUUUCAAGAUAUUCGUGGACAAAUUUUUGGACGCGACCAACGAGUCGCUGAAAGCCGACUCCGGCAGCGCUACCCUGCCCAAGCUCUUCUGCAUCGGUGAGACCGACGACGGUGACGAGGUUUUGAGCGUCGUCGAGGCUCGCAUCCAAAAUUUGAACACUAUGAGGUGCGACAGGAGGCCGAUCGUCUUACCGGAAAAUAAGGAAGCCCAUCUUUACAUUCCAUUGGAAUUUGAAAACCUAAUGGUCACUUAUAAAAAAGGAGACCGCAACGUUGAGAUAUGUGUUAAGACCAUUGAAUCAUCCUUCAUGCAGCUAGCUAUAAAAAAGAUCAACGACGAGAAAGCAGAAAUCAAACUUGUUCAGUUUAAAAUUAAAAAUCUUGAGUACGAGUGGAACCCUACGGCUAAAUUGGUCUUGGAUCCUUCGAUCACCCAAGCGAUCGAGGAUAAAAUCAAAUCUCAUAUCGCAAAGGUGAUCGCGAAAGACGAGCUCGGCCUUUUCGCCGUCAAUCCGCCGAACGUCGAAAUCGAUUACGAUAGCGACGAUUUCUCCGGAAGAGAAGAGGGCGAAGAAGAAAACGCCGAUGAAAAUAAUGAAUAAUGCAAAAACAAAAGUACAUUAAAU